AAUUCAAACUUUUCUACAUUAAAAUAAAAGUACAUUUGAAAUUUAAACAAAUAACAGCUACUUUUGCCACCUGCUGCGUCCUUUGGCAGCUUUGCAGCCCUUCAUUCAGAUGCCUUUGCAUUUGCAUCUGCAUUUGCAUUUACAUGUCAUUUGCUGUUGACUGCAGCUUCAUUUUCAUCAGAUUUGCAGCUAAAUUGCUGCCAUAUUUGCUGUCAUUUGACAGCUUCCUUGCUGCCAUUUCAUGGCAGUUUCAUUUCACCAUUUCUGCAGAUUUGAAUGCCACAUUUCUAACAAUAAUUCCAACAGUCAUUCCCCAGUGUUUCCCCAUAAUUAAUACUACUUCUCUCGUUCACCUUGGUCUAGAAGGCAACAAUUAGACUGCUUUCGCAUUCCAAUGGUUGUUCAACUUUAGCAACAGCCUUGUUAGUCUCUACUUGAGUUCUAAUCAAUUUCGAGGUCCAAUUCCGGAAACUUUUAGUCACAUGACUUUUCUGGAAGAGCUUGAUCUCUCGAAUAAUCAAUUUGAAGGAGAGAUUCCAAAAUCCUUUUGGAGUGGUAACUUGUCAUCAUUGCGAAUCUUGAAUCUUGCAAAAAAUAAAUUGAGUGGUACUAUACCCACAAGUAUUGAACUCCUGUCAAAGCUUGAGGGCUUAUAUGUUUCAAAGAAUAAAUUGAAUGGUACUGUACCGAAAAGUAUUGGGUUGUUGUCAAAGCUUGAGCGCUUAUCUAUUUCUCUCAAUUCUUUUAAUGGGGUGAUCACUGAGGAACACUUCUCAACACUAUCUAAGUUGCAGUACUUGGGCAUGUCUGCUAAUCAUCUGAGCAUCAACUUAAGUCGUGAUUGGAUUCCUCCAUUCCAGUUGAGAUACAUUCUUCUAGGGUCUUGCAAGAUGGGACCUGAUUUUCCAAGCUGGUUACAGACCCAAAGGAGCUAUAAAUAUCUUAAUAUUUCUUCAACUGGAAUUUCAGAUAGCAUCCCCAUCUGGUUUGCCAACUUGCCUUCUACAGCACGAGGUUUUGAUCUUUCUUCUAACCAAAUCAGUGGAAUUCUUUCAGAUUUUUCAAGGAAUUUUUCAUCUGAUUCUUAUGACCUAGGGAUAGAUAUAAGUGGAAAUCAUUUGGAGGGUCCAUUGCCAUCAUUUCCUGCUAAUACCACGCACAUAAACCUCUCAAAAAAUAGUUUUAAUGGGUCAAUUUCUUCCCUCUGUGCCAUGACUGAUGUGUCCCUUGAGUUCCUAGAUCUUUCGAGGAAUCAACUAUUUGGAGAGCUUCCUGAUUGUAUGAUGCGAUGGUCAAGCCUACGGAUUCUAAAUUUGGCUAACAAUCAUUUCCUUGGAAAAAUUCCGCGCUUUGUGGGAUCUCUCUCAUUGAUUGAAACGUUUGAUUUGCAAAACAACAACCUCUCUGGGAAAAUUCCUAGCUCUCUAAGGAACUGUAGUAAAUUACAAUUUCUGGGUUUGAGUAAUAAUAGAUUGUCUGGAAUAAUACCAAGUUGGAUUGGAGAAAGGUUAAAUUCACUGAAUUUCCUCCUCCUAAAAUCCAAUCAUUUUAUUGGAGAAAUCCCAUUGGAGACAUGUCAGUCGACAAAUAUUCUGCUGUUGGACCUCUCUAACAACAAUCUCUCUGGGCACAUACCAUGGUGCAUUGGUAAUCUGACUUCUUUGGCCAGAAAAGACAUUGCGGCCCAACAUCAUUCCUUUAACUCUUCACUUGUUAGUGUUACCUAUGGGAGCUAUGCUGACAAAGCAUCUAUUAUAUGGAAAGGAAUAGAAUAUCCUUGUGAAAAUCUCACACUUCAGAGGACAAUUGAUCUUUCAAGCAACAAAUUAACAGGAGAAAUUCCAGUCAAAAUUUCGAGUCUUUCUGAAAUCCAUCAAUUGAAUUUGUCAAGAAACCAUUUGAUUGGAAGAAUUCCAUCAGAUAUAGGGCAGAUGAGACAGUUGGAAUCGCUUGAUCUUUCACACAACAAGCUUUCAGGUCGGCUUCCUCCUAGCAUGUCCCAGUUAUAUUCCCUCAGUAAAUUGGACCUAUCAUAUAACAACUUUUCAGGGAAAAUUCCAACCAGCACUCAAAUGGACACCUUUAAUGCUUCUGCAUUUGUUGGUAAUCCUACACUUUGUGGACCACCUCUAACACCAACAUGCCCAGGUGAUGAAAAAUUGAUAGAUCAUGGUCUCAAAUACAAUCAACAAGACAAAGAUGAAUUCUGGAAAGGGUUUAAACCCAGUAUGGAACUCGGAAUGGCUUUUGGCUUUUUGGGAGUUCUGGCUCUCAAGAUGGAUCAUCCCUGGAAACAUGUUUGUUUCUUGCUGUCCAACUACAUGAAGGCCUAUCUCAGCAACUUGAAAGGCUACCUCUGUUUGAUUAUGUCAGCACUUUGUUUGGUGAUAACAAUGAGUGCUGCUAGAUUGCGAAGAAAGUUGAAGUUUUAGGAUUCAUCCCUGGAAGGUAUGUCUUAGGUUUGUUUACAACUAUAUUUCGUCUUGUUCAAUUAUGAGUGUUACUUUAUUGGAAAAUAACAGAGGAGAGCACGUUUAAUUGUUGUUUGUAGGUUCAAGAUGCUUCUUCAGGGACUUCAAGUGCUUCUUUUGAGAGGUGAAAUUUCAGCGCUUCCUUUUCAGCAACCCCUGUUUUCGGAACAAUUUUUUAUUUUUUUUAUUUCCUCUAUUUGUGUAAUAGAUUAUGGUUUGUUUGUGUGUUUUAUGGUUUUAUGUAUGUUUAAUUAAUUUCAUUAUCUAGUCUGUAAGGAGUGAAGACCAAGCUGCGUGUAAUUAAAAUAAGAUUAAAUCUUGAAU